CUCAUUCUUUACUUGACCUCAUUAACUACAGCACUCAAUACUUUCUCUCUUUUCAAUCUCUUCCCGAGUUCUUCAUCAAAUGAGGCCUUUUUUCACAGUCUCUCUUCUUCUUUUGUCUCUUCUACUUUCUGAACAAGUUCAAGGGAUUCGUUUGGAGAAAGGAUACUACAUGUCAGUUGAACAACAUAAGUCAAUCCAUAUUCUGGAGAAGGAAAAUACUUUGACCAAAACAAACAACAUUGGUGUCACCCAAGAGGCUGUUGUCUGUAAAGAUGGAAACUGUUCAGGAAAUAAUAGAAAACUUUUGAGUGUCACACCCUCUACUACCACUACCACCACUGCCAAGAAUGAGAAGAAUGGAAAGACUAAAGCUAAUCCCAUUUCAAAUGGCGAAAAGGGUACUAAUAGAUCACAAAACUAUGGUCAUGGGGAAGAAGAGAAAUCCAGUAGUAGUACUGUUAAUUCGUUGAGUACUUCUGAAGAACACCCAGAGUACGCGCACUAUCCGGACGUAAUAGACCUAGCUGAGAUGGACUAUUCUCCAGCCAGGAGAAAAACUCCAAUACACAACUGAUCAUGAAUAUUAUUGUAGGGAACAAGC